AUGGGACCUCUGCUGUCGCUGGUCAACGGCUGCCUCAUGGAAGGUGUUUUUCCCAACUGCCUCAAGAUUGCAAAGACAGUCCCGAUCUUCAAGAAGGAUAAUCCUACUGAUGUAGGCAUCUUCAGACCAAUAUCAACAAUUGUACCAGUGUUGGGUAAAAUCAUUGAAACGUCCAUGUUGAGGAAGCUGACUGAGCGCAAAUUGGUUGACCUUGUGAUGUGUGACCUGACCAAAGCCUUUGACUGCGUGUCGCACAACAUUCUGCUGAACAAACUACAUAGGUAUGGCAUUGGGGACAGUGCAUGGAGUAUGGUAGCAGACUAUCUAAGCGACAGGAGACAAGUUGUCUCGGUGAUGGGGACGACUUUCGAGGAAAGGAGAAUAACACAUGGAGUUCCUCCAUGUGUGUGGAGUGCUUGGGCCGCUGUUAUUUCUCAUACUCAUCAACGAUCUCCAUCUACCGAAUUCUAG